AACUGAAUUGAAUUUUCCAGAUACGUUUUUUGCCAUUUGGUCGCUAGUAAAUCUUCAGCAGUGAAAAUAGUGUUUUUUCGUGUUUUAUACAUAUUUUUUUUAUACAAUAUAACUAUCAAAAAGUGCAUAUCUUGAACAGCUAUCUUUCAAUUGUACGCAGAUAUAUCUGUAAAGAAAAGCACAAUGGAUUUACCUCCAGCAGAAGAUUUGAACGGAAUAGUUGCCGGUGAGAACCCUCCUGUGGGUCAACCGACGAACCAACCGAAACGCCAGUCUCGAGGUGUAAAAAAGAAUAAUGUUGGAGCCCAAGAUGCUCUUCCCAUCGAAGAAGCUCUUAAGACGGAGUUGACUGGGUCCAACAACAUGAAGACACCAAUUUCACUGCUGCAGGAAUUAUUAAGUCGUCGUGGAAUAACACCACAGUACGAUCUGAUGCAGGUGGAAGGAGCGGUUCAUGAGCCAACCUUUCGCUAUCGGGUGUCUUAUCAGGACAAAGAUGCUAUGGGAACCGGGAAGUCGAAAAAAGAAGCAAAACAUGCGGCGGCAAAGGCGUUGAUCGAUAAACUGACCGGUAUAUCUUUCAGUGAUCCUCCGGCGGGAGGGAUAAGCAUAAAGUCGUUAGAGCAAGUCGCCGAUGGCGAUGAUGAACCGACGGGUAAUCCUAUCGGGUGGUUGCAGGAAAUGUGUAUGGCUCGCCGUUGGCCACCGCCAACCUAUGAAACGGAGAUGGAAGUUGGUCUUCCCCAUGAACGGCAGUUUACCAUUGCUUGUGCGGUAUUGAAGUACCGUGAGGUCGGCAAAGGUAAGAGCAAGAAAAUUGCCAAACGACAGGCGGCUCAGCGAAUGUGGCAGAGGCUACAGGACCAACCGUUGGAACCGAACCAGAUCAUGCAGAUGCUCGACGAGGAGGGAAAUGAAGAGCUGAAGGCAGCCACCAUUUCCGGACGCUAUUCCGGAUUGAAAGAUGCUCGCAUUUCCAGUCUAACAACCGGGCACGGGCAGAAGGUUUCGCAGUUUCACAAAGGAUUGAAGUCGCGCUGUGGCGAAACAUUGCGCAAACUGCAGGUCACUUGCUUGAACGAUAGAACCGUCGAUUUCGUUCAGAUGCUUCAUGACAUCGCUUCUGAGCAACGCUUCGAGGUGACCUACGUGGAUAUCGAUGAAAAAACGAUGAGCGGUCGUUUCCAGUGUCUGGUUCAGCUAUCUACACUACCGGUUGCAGUGUGCCACGGAAGCGGUGCUACGGCCAAAGAUGCACAAUCGAUGGCGGCGCGUAACUCACUUGAGUAUCUCAAGAUCAUGACCAAAACUUAAGCCCGUAUGAUGCAAAAUGUACCCAAAAGCUCAGUCGAUGAUGUUACUAUCGAUAAAAUAAUGGUGAUCUGCAGGAGUCACGCAUAUGACGGUGUUCAAACCUUCUGUUUAUUCCUAUAUCUUGUUCUGAAAAUCUACAUUGGACGCUGUUUGAACACACUAAAAAUAGUCAUCAUCGACACAUGACUGAGCCGUAAUCAAGUUUUGGCCGGAAGCAGCUGACGAACAUCCCCUCUUGACGCACUCGUGAGAGUGCGAAACAGCUGAACACGCCAUCCAACGGCGUCAAUAUUUUUUAAACACAUUUUUACUUUAUGUAUUUGUCGAAACAAUUUUUACCAAUUGUACUUUUUGUUUGCCAUUUCUAUCAUCUUCGAUUCUCAUUCGUACAGAUGAUUGUAUGAACUUGAACGAACAGUGUGAUUGUUGUGUUUCUACAUUAUUUUUAUUUGUUUGGACGAUUUUGUCAAUUAUAUACACUUUAGCAAUUAAGAAUUUCUUCAAUUGGCUCUCGGUUUUUUUAUUAUAUUGUGUAAACUCAAACGAACGUUUGUUGACACUAAUUAACUAAAUACAUAAAUAACUAGUAUCGCUAUCAAGUAUUUAAAUAAUAAACGCAAAUUUUAAUUACUCUUAGCUACAUGCAAAAAUGAUUGCGAUUGGCAUUGCACUGGAGAUCUACCUCCUGCAAACAUUGAUGGUUAUUAUUAAAAAAAAUCUUAAUCUAUAAUUGAACGGUAUGAAUAUACGAUUAAUAUGAAUCAUGCAAGAAUGAGCAGUCCGAAACUCACAAAGACAUUCGAGUUAUUUAUGUGUAUAGUAUAAUAGAAAUUCAAAUGAACAUAGACGCAGAAUAAUAUGAUCAAACAAAGAAAAAUGAUUAGAAUACAACAACAAAAUUAAACUAAAAUUAUUUUACCUCAAAUAUCGGAAGCAAAAAUGUGUACGUAUUGAAGCCAACAUGUGCAUGCAAAACCCUUGCCGAUCAGCAAUAAAUCGAACAAGGGUGAAUUCUUGCAAGCAUUAACAUACAAGCUAUACUUUGCAUAGAAUUAGUGGGUUUUAUUUUCCAAAAAAUACAACAUACAAGUUUAACUAAUCGUCUACUAUUUAACUAGCAACAUUUUUAUCUAUCAUUUGAAAUCUUAUACCAAUAAUGUUUGUUUUGUUUUCGUUCUCGAAUAACUUUUUCUACAUAGUAACAAAUACGUUUUGAUAAUUGAACACGCUUCUUCAUAUUAAUUGUAAAAAAAGUGAAUGUAUUUGCUGUUCUUAACCCAAUUUUCAUAUCGCGCAAAUAUUUAAAAAUAUAUUGUAACAUGCUACAUAACGCCAGUCAAGGUAUAUUUAUUACAAUUAGUGGGAUUUUGUCAAAUAUCUAAUCGAGCAAAUUAAUAAAUGAAACAAACAUGAAGGAUAAAAGUCCCAUAUUUGUAGGAAAAUGGGCAUUAUUUUAAUGCAAAGUAUAGAGGUUGUAAUGAGUCAUAACAAUAAAAAAUACGCGAAAGCAUACACCAUACAAAAUGUUUUACAUGCACCGAAUACGUUUUUUUGGGAAGGGUUCCAGUUCAUGUACGCUGAUCAACUUGUGAAGAUCAGACUAGAGACUCACGCUUUUAAAGGCGUAUUGGGUGCAUCAUUUUUCUGUCUUGUAGUUUUCCUGUAUUUCGGGCAAAUAAGUAUCAAUAAUCUAA